ACUGAACUUCCACGACCGACGUAUAUAGAGCAAGCACAUCGAUAGACAGUAAAAUACUAGCUCUACCGGAAAAAAAAUCGAUGUACCUAUAUAUAGAGCUGUCAAGUUAUAAAGACAGUAUAUGAAUUGUCGUCUGUGGAAAGAGCUACGGUUUGGACUACUUGCUACAAUUGUCUUGUUGAAUGUUCGUGUACAGGAUCAAGGAGUUGUCCUCCGGAUAGAAGCAAAGAUGAAGUGGGGUUUCAAAGAGGAACAUUCUGAAGAGGACCGGAAGUCCGAGUCGGCGGAAUUUCGAUCCAAAUACCCAGACAACAUACCCGUCGUAGUCGAGAAAGAAAUGAAAAGUUCUAUACAAGAUAUCGACAAGAGGAAGUUCUUACAGCCAGCCAAGACAACAGUGGCGCAAUUCGAGUAUAUAAUAAGAAAGCGAAUCCAACUACCUCCCGAGAAGCCCCUCUUCUUGUUUGUCAACGAAGUAACCCCCGCAGCAAGUUCAACUCUAGCUGAAGUUGAUGCAGAGCAUCGCGAUGUUGAUGGAUUCCUCUACAUUUCCUACAGCGGAGAGAACACUUAUGGGAAUUAGCAACUUUGAGCUCUGGAUACAUCAUCCCUGUGUGUGAUGCCAGCCCAACACGUGAAACAUAUUCACGAUGACGAUGAUGAUAAUAUAAUAAUAAUUAUGAUUAUAAUAAUAACAAUAAUUUAAAACAAUAUCAUUUAAAAAAAGAAUAAUACAUGUCAUUUCAUAAUAGUAAUAAUAAUAAUAAUGAUGAAGAUAGUGAUAAAAAGAAGAAGAAGAACAAUUAAUAAUAAUACAAAGAAGAGUGAUGAUGAUAUCUUGUAUAAUGCGAAUAUCCCCUAACUUGGGCACUCAUGUAUUUCUUUCAUGCAUUUCCCACCUACAAGUAUUUCAUUUGCAAAUUUGGGAACAAAGACUCCUCUCACUAAAGCAUAAUUUAUAUAUGAUAAUGGAAUUUCUUUUUUUUUCAAAGCACAUCGCACAAAUGCCAAGAGUUAGUUUAUCAGAAGACACACAAUAAUAUGUUUUUGAAAUAUUUAAUGAUUGAUUCCAGCACAAUUUGACCAAUUUAUUUCUCAGAAGUGUCUUAUAUUACCUUUAAAGGUAAUAGAUGUACUACAUUUCCCCUUAAAUCAAUAUUCUUUAUGUAUGGUAUGUAUUUUAAUCUCAAGAAUUCUUAUGGUUUGAGAGCCGAAUCAAAAAAAUUCCAUUUAAUCAAAUAUCA